CCUCUCAGUUUCCCCCAAUUCCCAUCACCUCUCUCUCUCUCUCUCUCCACUCAGUUAAUACACACAUACACACACAUGGCCACCUCUUCGUCUUACUUCUUCCUCAUGCUCUUUCUUCUCUUCCACUUCCAUUUGGGGAGAAGCCAACUAGAGUUGAACUACUACUCCAAGAGCUGCCCAAGAGCCGAAGAGAUCAUUAAGCAACAAGUCACGCAGCUUUACAACAAGCAUGGCAAUACUGCCAUUUCCUGGCUCAGAAACCUCUUCCACGACUGCAUGAAGUCAUGUGAUGCAUCGCUGCUGUUAACGAGUAAGCACGGCGUUGUAUCGGAGCAGGCGUCCCCAAGAAGCUUUGGCAUGAGAAACUUCAAGUACGUCAACACCAUCAAAGAGGCUCUCGAGCAAGAAUGCCCCUCCACUGUGUCUUGCGCUGACAUCGUUGCUCUCUCUGCCAGAGAUGGCAUCGUCCUGUUGGGGGGUCCGCGCAUUGGAAUGAAGACGGGAAGAAGGGACAGCAAGCAAAGCUAUUUACCAGUGGAAGACUUCAUCCCUAACCAUAACGACUCCAUUUCCUUAGUGCUCUCUCGUUUUCAAUCCAUCGGCGUUGACGUUGAAGCCACGGUCGCUCUUUUAGGCGGUCACUCGGUGGGCAGAGUUCAUUGCGUGAAUAUGGUGGACAGGCUAUACCCGACGGUGGAUCCGACGUUGGACCCUGAACAUGCGGCGUACCUGAAACGCAGGUGCCCAACUCCGAACCCGGAUCCGAAGGCUGUUCUGUAUGCGAGGAACGACCUCGACACUCCCAUGGUGAUUGACAACCAGUACUACAAACAUAUUUUGGCGAACAAGGGUCUUCUCCACGUAGAUGCAGAGCUAGCGACUGAUCCAAGAACCUCACCUUUUGUGCAGAAGAUGGCUUCUGAUAAUGAGUAUUUCCUCCAGCAAUUCUCGAGGGCCAUUCUCAUGUUGUCUGAGGCCAAUCCUCUGAGCGACGAUCUUGGUGAAAUCAGGAAGGAUUGCCGCUACGUCAAUCCCAAUUAGGUUGGCCAGACCACGUGCAUCAAUAUGCACGCCUUGUAUCCACUAUAAAGCCAUUACCUGGAAUCAAAUAUGACGGCUUACCUGGCUUCUCUUGAAGAAUUAGCAACCCACCACCUAUUGGGCCUCUUCUUGUUCUCUCUCUGUUUUUCUCCAACUCUGUUCACUGUAGGCACCCCGGGUCCAGAGUCCACAUGGGGAAGUAACAGUUUUCACUGUUUACAAUCAUAAGUUAUGUGAUC